AUGAAGGCAAGUAAACUUCUUGUACACAGUCUUGGUAAAGUUACAUAUGAAAGUGAAAAUUUAGAGCAUAGAGUCUUGCCAAAACUUCUUCUUAAUGAGUUUGAAAUAGUUCCUGUUACUCAUGAUGAGAUUAUGUUUUAUGCAAAUGAUGGCAUGAAUAAGUAUUGGAAUCCAGAAGGUGAAUGUAAGCUUUAUAAAAAAUUGCAAGAACUUAGUGUUCAUGCUAGUGAUUUCAUUUAUAAGUCAAUUAGACAUCUUAAUCUUUCAGAAUAUAAACGUCACAUAAACAAUCUGCUUCUUGAUAAUUCAUGUCUUAAACUUAAAUAUUUUGAAACUUGUGUUACUAUCUAUUUAGAUUUAAAUUAA